AUGGCAGCAUCGCAGAGCGACACAAACCCGUCAGCACAACCCAAAAGCGCGGCAAUGGACCACCCACCUGCGACUGAUGGCGCGAAGGCCGACAGCAAGGCGUCUGUACUCACUCUCCCGCGCGAACUUCGAGAUAUCAUCUACGAAUAUACCUUCAGUGGUCACGAGUACUCGAUCCACGACAAGAAGAGAGACCACACCACCGGCUUGCUACGCGCCUGCCAACAACUUCGCGCCGAAUCCAUCACUACCUACUACAAACUCACUCGAUUCAGGUGCGACUAA